AUGACCACAAGUGAAGUCCCCCACCACGACGAUGAACUUGUCGCUUCUACCACCGAGGGCUUCAAGGUGGGUGAGAAGAAGACCAUUGAGGAAUAUACAGAGCUUGAUAAGAAUGACGAAUCCCUUAACCGGUGGAAGGCCUCCCUGGGUCUAGCUACCGGUACUCCAAUCGGGGACCCCAAAGAUCCCAGGAAGUGUAUCAUCAAGAGUCUUGCCCUGGAGGUUCAGGGACGACCCGACGUCGUGAUUGAACUGUCCGCCCCCGGUGCGGUCGAGGAUCUGAAAAAUAAGCCGUUUACCAUCAAGGAGGGGGCUACUUUCCGAAUCAAGGCCAUGUUUCAAGUCAAUCACGAGGUUCUGAGCGGCCUGAAGUAUCUGCAAGUGGUGAAGCGGAAGGGUAUCACCGUCAGCAAGGAUGAAGAGAUGCUGGGAAGUUAUGCCCCUAGCACCACUGACAAACCAGUGUAUGAGAAGAAGUUCAAUCAGGAACAGGCGCCAUCGGGAAUGUUGGCACGUGGCCAUUACAAUGCGGUCUCCAAGUUUGUGGACGACGACAAACAUACCCAUCUGUUGUUUGAAUGGUCCUUUGAUAUUGCAAAGAAUUGGGAAAACUGA